ACGCCUAUCCCGACGCAGCUAAAAUAUCAUUGGCUUCCUCUCUUGUAUUCAAUUGCAGUUAACAAUGCUGGUAUAGGUGGCAUGUUCACCGUGGUAGAAUGUACUCCGAUGGCCCUGGCCAAAGAGCUGUUUGAAGUGAACUACUUUGGAGCCCUUCGGUUAAUCCAAGCUGUGCUGCCCAACAUGAAAGCGAGGCAAAGUGGACACAUCAUCAGCAACAGUAGUACUAUGGGAGUUGUUGGCACACCUUUCAAUGAACUCUACUGUUCAACUAAGUUCGCCCUUGAAGGACUGAGCGAAGCUUUGGCCCCUACUCUGCUCCAUUUUAAUAUCAGGUGCACGAUACUCGAGACAGGCCCCACAGCGACCCUAGGGCCUGAAAACUCUAAAGCCUUUCUAGCGAAAUUUAAAUUGUCGGAAGCUGACCAAAAGACCAAAGAACUGCUGGAAACGUUUUCAGGAAGAAUGUAUCAUUUGUUCAUUAGCACGAUGCAAAGUCCAGAUGAGAUUGCAGAAGUCGUAAGGGAGGUCAUACUUAAUGAGAAACCAAACCUACGCUAUCAAACAAAUGAAAAAUACAACCCAGAAGAAAUCAAGGAAAAACUUGUUGAUCCAACAGGAAAUGCUUUGGUUCAAAUGGUCAAGAAAACAUUCCUCGAUGAAGAAUAACUUGUUGCACAAGCAGAGGAAUUUUAAAUUUCAGUAAUCAUAGGUAAUCUGUUUUGGUCAGUCAGUUAACCUGUCGUUUAGUGGAACGCGCGAAAUAAAAAUGUGAAUGAGAGAAGCAAAAAGAGAAAGACUAAGCAUGCUCGAUUUCGGCCGCUCACUCGAGCCCGGUCUAGUCGUUAUCACAUGAGUUCCGGGGAAGAGGGAGCGCGGGCUCCUUUCUCGAACAGCGGUCGGCAAUCGAACCCUAGGGGGUGGGGUGGGAGUUUGGCUUAAGGAAAAAGCUGUUGAGAAAGUCGUCGUCAGGUAUCGGUCUCCUGGCAUUCGCCGGGUUUAUAUCUAACAAGAGUCAGUUUGGAGAUUUCACACUGGAUAGACAGCUUUACAGAUAGUCGUGUGGUUUAACUGUGGUUUAAUCUCAGACAUGAUUCUACCCAAGAAUGGAAUAACUUGAAGGUACGAACGAAGAUGUCUACGCACGUUUAUUUCGUCCGCUCCACUAUACUACAGCUUGAGGGUCAUAGUGUCUUGAUAGCUGCUUGUUUAGAUAUUAUUCUAGAUAGGAACAUAUUAUGCUUAAAUAUUAAAACUUCCCUGGUCUCCAAUCAUGUACAAUGGAGUGUUUCAAUUUCAUAAAAGGGAUUCACGAGGGAAGGGUAGUGGUACAAGGUGAUAAUAAAAAGGAAAACAA